UAGACAGAAACCUCUCUAAGUAGAAAGACAUGUUUAGGUGAGUUGCAGGUUAGGGACAUUGGAGGGGCCCUUUAAAAGGGACUCUUUCCUUUCUCGAACACCUUGGUGAAGAAACCAGUCGCCUCUCCGUCUCUCUCUCUCUCUCAUUCAUGCGCCGCGCGAGUGCGGAGACACGCAUGGAGUCUUGCGAUAUAUACAUGGCUCGAGAUGGCGAAGUCAUGUUUGAAGGAGAAGGGAUGACUCGGCUUCCAUCUCAUGUCCUAGACCAAACCUGCCAAGCCAAGGGAUACUUGAGGAAUCAACACAACCAGCAACGACAUAGUCCUCCUGCCCAAGUGGAAGCCGUUAAGCCUGAGACUCUUCGACCGCAAACAAAGCAUACGGCGAGGUCUCAUCUUAGGCCCAAAAAUUUGUGUUCAAAUCGGGUUUGUGGAGGACCUGGAAUGCAAGCAGUUUUCCUGGAUUCGGGUCGAAGGUCCGAGGGCACCGGUGUUUUUCUUCCCCAAACACCAAGUGCAAAUGCCCAGUCAAACCGCAAGAAGCCAGCUUGUGCACCGGUCCUCCUACCUUCACGGGUCGUUCAAGCGCUCAACCUCAAUGUGCAAGCCCUUGGCCUGCAAAUUCCUCGAAGACCAGAUACCAAAGAAAAACCCAACAACGUGGAAUGCAACCUAGUGAAGAAUCGAGACGACAAGGAUGCAACACAACGUUGUGUUGUAUUACAGAGCCAAAGCUCCUCCUCCUCCUCCUCGGCAUCGUCAGAUUUGCUUCUUCCCAAAGAAUGGACGUACUGAUAAAUAUCUCUCGCAAAACUCCGAAGAAGAUUCAUUUUUUUUUUUCUUUUUUGGUCACCUCCGGAUCGACAAUAAAAGAGAUGGCCCGUGCCUUCAUUCGAUCUUUUGCACAAAUUAUUUUGUAGUUCAUAAGAGGCUCCAAGGCACGGACGCCGCAGAAAAAAAUUAAUUAUUUCGAAGA